AGCAAUUAUUUUUCAGUUUAAGGAAUAUCAUGGCGCAGAUCGGGUCAAAUUUUUCAUAGCUUUUUAGUUUAACUCUUUUCAAAAGAGUCUUUUGGCUUUAAAAUUAUCCGUUGCCUUUUAGCAGCAAAAUUAAAGGAAGUAUGUUAAAACGAGCCUCAUUGGCUUUGUGCCACUACCCGGAUGCUUGUUUCCGGGCCUGCAAUUGCUGCAGGUGCAUCCGGAUGUAUAACGCAGUUACACUCGACGAGGACCUGAAAGCUGUUCAAAAAUCGAACCAGGACUAUUGGAGAGCGCCGCUAAGACUGCGAAAUGAGAUUUCCCAGGAAGGCACCAGUGAUAUUCAUUGCCCACGACCCGAUCAGCCGUUGCGAUGUGCAUUCCUGGGGGAUCUGGAGCAGCUGCUGAAGCAAAGAAUGCUCAAUGCCAAGUUCUCCGACCUUGAAAUGUCCUUGAAACGGGAAGUUAAUCCCGAAACAGCCAGCUCCGCCGAUGGAUGCGAAAAUGGAUGCGGAGGAGGCAAGAGUGUGGGUAAAAAAAAAGGGAAAAAGUGUGGCAAGGGUGGUGGAAAAAAGGGUGAUGAUGGGGAAGACGACACGGAGCAGCUCAAAAAGCGGUGCAAACAGUUCAAAUCCGAAAAAAAGCUCAAAAAGUGCAGAGAAAAGGCCGCAAUGAAAAAGUGCAAGAAAGCGAACAAGGCGAAAAAAUGUCAGAAAAAGGCGGAAAUGGAGCAGUGCCUGAAGUGCAUCAGAAAAGAAAGAGGAGAAAGUGAGGACGAAGCGAACGAAGAGGAGAAAACGGAGGACAAAGAGGAAGGGGAAGAAGAGGAAGGCGGUGAGAAAAGCAAGAAAUGCCCCGACGAGGAGGCAGAGCUGGAAAAGCUAAACAAACAAAUCCAGAAAUUGGCCGAUCAACUCAACUGUGAAAAGUUGGCCAAAAUAGAGGCCAUUAAGAAAGCCUGUCGCGAGGAGAAAGAAAGGCAGGAAUGCGCCCGAAGAGCGGAAGAGGCCAGGAAGAGAGCGGAAGAAGAAAGAAGGCGGGCAGAAGAGGAGGCAAGACGACGUGCCGAGGAGGAGGCCAAAAAAGGGCCGGAAGAGGAUCUGUGCGAAAUAAAGAGACAGUGUGCCAAGAUGGCCAAGGAGCAGCGGCUGAAGGCGAAGGCCGCUCAGAAAAGACUCAAGGCCCUUGCCGAAAAGGCCAAGUUCAAGAAAAUGAAAGAGCAGUGCAAGAAAGUCGCCGCAAUUCAAAAGUGCCGCAAACAGGCCAAAAAGGAUAAGGCCGCCAAAGCUAAGGCAGAAUGCGAAAAGGCGGCAAGAGAAGAGGCCGCCAGGCUCAAAGCCUGCCGAGAAGCUCAGGAGGCGAAGAGAAAAGCUGAAAACGAUCUGAACGCAAAGAAAAAAAUGUGCGAAAAAGUCAAUAAACAGAAACAACCAAAGAAAGUUGACGUAUGCGCAAAAUACAAAUUCGAUGAAGAAGUCGAAGAAUGCCUCAUAGAAUGCCCCGGCGAAGCUGUGAAAGUGGCAAAAACCGCAGUUAAGGAGGAACUCAAAAAGGAGGUCAAAAAGGAAGUCUCUGCUACUCCUCCUCCCCCACCUCCACCCAAAGCUGCAGCCCCACCCCCUCCACCACCCAAAGCUGCAGUAACACCUCCUCCCCCACCUCCACCACCCAAGGAUCCCAACCGACUCUUCCAGAUAUGCAAGAAGCUAGCCGAAAGCAAGAUAAGACAAAAGAAAAAGAAAAUCAAGGCGCUACAGGCCAAAUGCAAAAAAAUUGUUCUAAAGGAACAGUGCAAGUGCGAAAAGAAAGCCAGGAAGGCCAAAGAACUGGAGAAGUACUGCAAGAAAAAGAAGAAGUAGACGUUGUACAAGUACCUUGGUUCUAAAUUCUCAGACCUCCCAUCAAAAUUUAGUCCCGCAAAGUUAACAACUUUGGCUGUGCCCUCGUAAUAAUUCUUCUUUAAUUUUUGUGUUUUAUUACGAUUAUAGUCGUACAUCAAUUUCAGGCACUAUUGCUGGCUUAUAAAAUGAGAAAAAUAAUUUUGAGCAGCGUAA